AUGGUCAAUAAAGAAACAAAAGUAAUUACUGACAAAGAAAAGGAUAACAUGUUGAACCAGUUGAACACUAUCCUAAGCCUUUUAUUCUUAUUUCUGCAGUUAACUAAACCUUCAACUGCAUUUGAAGCUAAUGGUGAACUGAAUAUUCUAGAUCACAACAUUAUGUUGGUCAACACUAAUGCCACAGUCCCCAAAAAGGAAAAAACUAACUUUGAGACAAUUUCUCCAACAAAACAAACAAAAAUAGAUGAAGACUGUAAAAAAAGCUUAUAUCAUAUUGAGAAUGCUGCCAAUUUGAUUGAACUGCAAGCAAAAUGUUGGAAAGUGGUGGGAAACAUUGAAAUAUCAAGUAACUUUAGCGGCUCUCUUAUUGAUCUGGGAUCAAUAAAAGAGAUAGAAGGGGACCUUAUUAUCAAGAAUAACAAACACGUUUUUAGGAUUCAGGGUUACAAUUUAGAGUCUUUACAAAAGCUGGAAUUGGAUAGCUUAACUUCCUUUGUAUCAUUAGACUUGCCUGUUUUAAAGGAAGUUGAAACCGUUGAUUGGAGAGUUUUGCCUAUUCUAAGCAGUGUUGUCAUUAACGGAAAUAUUAAAAAGAUCAAAAAUAUUAUCAUAUCUGACACUGCAUUGACUUCUAUCGAUUACUUCAACAACGUAAAGGAAGUGGAUAUCUUUAAUAUCAACAAUAAUAGGUUUCUAGAAACUUUGUUUGCAAGGUUAGAAAGUGUUACGAAGCAACUUACCGUUCACUCUAAUGCCAAAGAGCUAGAGCUUGACUUGAGUAACUUAUACACGGUUGAAAAUAUGACCAUUAAAGAUGUUUCAACAAUUAAAGUAGCUAAGCUUUCCUCAGUAAACAGUUCCCUAGAGUUCAUCGAGAACCAAUUUUCAAGCCUGGAACUGCCACUUUUGGCAAAGGUUCAGGGAACGUUGGGUUUAAUAGAUAAUAAAAAUCUGAAGAAACUCAAUUUUUCAAAUGUCACUGAUAUUCAAGGGGGCUUGAUGAUUGCUAACAAUACAGAGCUUGCUAAAAUUGAUUUUUUCCCCAAGUUGAGGCAAAUUGGUGGUGCAAUCUAUUUUGAAGGUAGCUUUGAAAAAAUUGACCUCCCAGAACUAAAGUUGGUAAAAGGUAGUGCUUAUAUCAAAAGUUCAUCUGAUGAAUUAAACUGUGAAGAAUUUACAACACCAAAAAACGGCCGUUCAAUCAUAAGAGGCGGUAAAAUCGAAUGCACAUCUGGCAUGAAAAGCAAAAUGCUAAAUGUUGAUGAAGAGGGAAACGUACUAGGGAAACAAGAAACAGAUAAUAAUGAUGGAAAAAAGGAAAAAGGAAAAAAUGGUGCUAAAAGUCAAGGAAGUUCAAAGAAGAUGGAAAAUAGUGCUCCGAAAAACACCUUUAUUGAUGCGUUCAAAACAUCGAUUUAUACUGUUUUAACAAUAUUGUUCGCAAUAGUUUUCUAA